AUUUUUCAAUGAUUCUCACUUCACAAUUCGGUCCAAUGUUCAUGAAAUGAACUAUCCUCACGGUAAUAUACGUAAUCGAUGCCACAACUAUUGAUCCUGAACACAAGAAGGUCGAUCCCAAGGUGUACAGAAGCAGAUCGGAUUGGACACUCGGUAUUGUUACAGCUGCCAAUGGAAGAUAAGGUGACUAAUAAUGCAUUAGAAUGUGAUCGCAAAGGAGACCUAAUCUUGCUUACUUGUCCAUCGGGAGUUAUAUCGAUCGUAAUAAGCUUGCUAUUUGCUCCCUAGUAAAAAUGAGAAAUAGCGAGUGUCUUCCAACAACAUCCUACAAAUUGAAAGAGAGUGAGUGGUAUCUAACCAGCAAGGCUAUUA